AUGAGGCUCGAUGCAACAGAUCUGCGCUACAUCUCUAGCCAGGAGUUCCGAGUCCUGACUGCGGUCGAGAUGGGAUCCAAAAAUCACGAAGUCGUUCCCUCUUCGCUUGCUGCUCAAAUUUGCGGUCUCCAUCACUCUGGUAUCAACAAGCUGCUCGGAUCGCUCGCAAAGCGUAAUCUCAUCGCUCGUGUUCAAAACACAAAGUACGACGGAUAUCGGCUUACAUAUGGUGGAUAUGACUAUCUUGCCCUGCGUGCAUUCUCGAAACGUGACAGUGUCGCUGCUGUCGGAAGGCGUAUCGGCGUUGGAAAGGAGAGCGAUAUCAUGAUCGUAUCCUCUCCAGAUCAGGAACAGCGUGUUCUCAAGAUUCAUCGUCUCGGUCGUAUCAGUUUUAGAGCCAUCAAGGAGAAGCGCGACUACAUGGGAAAGCGCAAGAGCGCCAGCUGGAUGUACAUGAGUCGCUUGGCCGCAGCAAAGGAGUAUGCAUUCAUGAAGAUCCUCUACGAGCACGGCUUUCCAGUACCUCGACCCAUCGAUCAAGCUCGCCACUGCAUCGUCAUGUCCUACAUCGACGCUUUUCCCCUCCGUCAAAUUGCAGUGCUCCCACCCGACCAAAUCCCACUUCUCUAUUCGGCUUUGAUGAAGCUCAUCGUCCGUCUCGCCCGAGCUGGUCUAAUUCACGGUGACUUUAACGAAUUCAACUUGCUCAUUCGCGAAGUCACAAAUACAAGCGACGAUGAGUACGAACCUGAUUCCGGCAGAGCGGGUCCAGCCAAAGAUUCACCUUCCAAUACCAUCAGCCGACGCGAACACAUCGAUGUACAACAAAACGACGGUGUUGAUCUCGAAGCUGAUUUGGCAGAGGGACAGGAGAUCGAGCGCGGAAACGGCUUUGAAAGGCUGAUAGCUCCAGCAUCAUUACAGACAGCAGAUCACAGCCAGGCUCAGCAUUUCGAAUCCGAAGACGAAGAGGACGGCGACGACAACGACAACGACGAUGAUGAUGACGACGACGACGACGACGACGAUGCGGACGCUGCAUCAAAUGGGCAGGUCCACCUUGGAGACGACGUUACCGUCGAGCCAAUCUUAAUCGAUUUUCCGCAGAUGGUCAGCAUCAAUCACGAGAACGCAGAAUACUACUUUGAAAGAGACGUCGAGUGCGUCCGUAGAUUCUUCCGAAAACGCUUCAGAUACCACUCCGACGAGUUUCCUCGCUUCCAAGACGUUGUUCCCGAAUUCGCUCGAAAGCAGACAAAGCUACCAAAGACAGCACAGAACACCGACAAUCUCGACGGGGCCAAAGCCACACCAACUACGGAUGCCGGCGACGUGCGCCUUGACCUCCUCGCAAAGGCUAGCGGUUUUGGUGGCUCCAAGCAAGAUCGCGAGCUAGAACAGUACAUGUCUUCUUUGCGCCUGAGCACCACCGAGGGAAUGAUCGAGGUUGCUGACCCAGCAGACGAGCACGAUGCGAGCUCCUCUAACGAAGAGGACGGCGACAGCGAACAGACUGAUGAGAGUGAAGAUCAGGAAAGCAGCGACCAAGAUGAAGACGGUAGCGAUGCGGAUCGAGCAGAUGGCCAGGACGAUGGCAUCACCAGGAAAGAACGUAAAGCUGCAAAGGUAGCCGCUGCCAACAGCGUCAAGCCGUCUCGUGGAGCCGCUCGCAAGGCUUUGCUAGAUGGCGACGACUCCAAGAUUGCUCAACUUGUUGCAUCAGAUCGUGCAAAAGCUUCUCGUCGUACCGAGAAACAUCACGGUCGCAAGGCUCAUGCUGGCAAGGGCGGCAGAGCCCAUCCUGGCGGUAAAGCUAAGACAGGGAAGGCACGCAUGAUCAGCGACUCCAUGGACUUUUGA